AAUGCCCUUAGGGCGCUUAGCGAGCCGGUCCCACCCCCCUUGCCACCUGCCCUCGUGCUGCCCAUCAUGUUCAGUUGCCCAGGAGAUGGUGAAGAGGCUGGCUAAGCAGAGGGAAGGGAGGCAGAGGGCCUUAGCCUAAGGAGUCAGUCCACAGACGCCUGGGAGGAGACACAGACCCUUGCUCCGUGACGUUCUGGGGGCCAGGAUGGGGCAGCAGUUCAGCUGGGAGGAGACCGAGGCAGCUGGUGAGAUGGACGUGGCAGAGCUGCAGGAGUGGUACAAGAAGUUCGUGGUGGAGUGCCCCAGCGGCACACUCUUCAUGCACGAGUUUAAGCGCUUCUUCAAGGUCACAGGCAACAGGGAAGCCACCCAGUAUGUAGAGGGCAUGUUCCGAGCCUUCGACAAAAACGGGGACAACACCAUCGACUUCCUGGAGUAUGUGGCAGCCCUGAACCUUGUGCUGAGGGGCACUCUGGAGCACAAGCUGAAGUGGACCUUCAAGAUCUAUGACAAGGACCGCAAUGGCUGCAUUGACCGCCUGGAGCUGCUCGACAUUGUGGAGGCUGUUUACAAGCUGAAGAAAGCCUGCAGGGUGGGGACGGAGGCUGAGCAGCAAGGCCAGCUGCUCACGCCUGAGGAGGUCGUGGACAGGAUCUUCCUUCUGGUGGAUGAGAACGGAGAUGGCCAGCUGUCUCUGAGUGAGUUCAUUGAAGGUGCCCGUCGUGACAAGUGGGUGAUGAAGAUGCUGCAGGUGGACGUGAAUCCUGGUGGCUGGAUCUCUCAGCAGAGGCGGAAGAGUGCCUUGUUCUGAGGGCCCUGGGGCCGGGGGAGCCAGUGGGAGUCCACAGGCCUCUCCAAGACUCCAGGCAACCUGGCUCGGCCUGCUCAUGCCCACUCAUCCUGGCAGCCCAUGGGAGGGGGGAGGGGCUGUUGGUCUGAAGUGGCCAACAAGGCCCAGUCCACUGGGAGGAUUUCCUUGGGAGGUAAAGGAGACUGGCUCACUGUCCCCUGCAGCUGCUCCUGGGAAAGCUAUGCCUUGGCCGAGUGGAUGUAGGCCUCCCACAAAUUCCUUCCAGCCUGGUUCAUGGCUGGAAGCAGGGGAAAACUGAAGGGUUGAGGGGCGGAGGGUAGGGAUGUCCCGCAGACAAUUAGCCACAAGCAUGCCCACACAGCUGGCAGCUGAUGGCUGGAAGGCAGGGGCUGGAAGGUGUUGAGUCUGAAGAAAAGGUAGGAGUUGUGUGAAGGCGGAUGAUGCUACAUUCCCCCAGGAUCCUGGAGCGUUUUCACAGGGAGGACUCUCGCCUCCUCCUCCCCAAAGCUGUCCUCACCAGGGGUUUCCACAAGGGAAAACUGCAGCAGGUAAGGCUGUAGUCUUCCUGCCCUUGGAGGGGUCAGCUGUGCUUAAAGGGGCCAUUUCUGCCCUGGUGCGGCCCAAAGCCCGGCUGCCAACCUGCUCCCUGCCAUAACCCUUCUCCCCGCCACCGCCCCCUAUACUCACCUCUCCAACCCCACCCCCAGCAUGGACCUUCCACAGAUUCCCAGCCCCAAGCCAAAUGUGUCUCCUUAAAGGAUGGAGAAACCUUCCCUCUGCCUCUGAGAAUAGAGGACCGGCUGACCUGGGUUCUAUGCUAGGCUUUGCCUCCAGCUGCUGUGGGACCCACGACAGUCAUUUCUCUUCCCUGACCUCAGUUCUCUCACCCACACAGUGAGCAGGUUGGACUACACAAGCAGUUUUCAGAAUAUUUUUUUUAGAUGUGAAAUUACUUUUGUUAUACAAACUGUGCAACCCCAGUAUAAAAACUAGAUUCAAAGGGAGUCACUCUGGUUGAAGAACUCUGAAUAGGAACUCAUUUGAAUAGGUAUGUUUUUAUGUUGCUUUUUUGAAAAAUAAAACUAAUCCCUUGA